CACGCGCACCACGAGCGCUUAUUUUACCGUCAGCGAUCGCGGAGGCGUCAUCACACGCACGAGCGCUGUCCGUUUGAAUCCCUGGGCUUACAGCCGCGUAUCCUUCACACCGCUAGAAGUCGGAUGAUUUGCAUAUGAAAACGUAUUUAACCAAAUACUAAACAGAAUCUGGAUUUAACGCACUGAACCUUUGUACGGACUGCGCUCUUUGCAGCAUUUUGCGUGUUUCCCCCGUAGAUAGUAGUCAGAUUUCAGAAUAAGGCGAAAUGGCAACGGACGAGCUGUCAUCGAAGCUGAGCCGCAGGCUGCAGAUCGAGGAGGGCGAGCACGACCCGGUGGCCCUGGACGGGGCUCACGAGAACGGAGCGCACGAGAAAGCGGCCACGGCCAGCGCGGAUUCAGAGCUGGGAGCCAAGCUGCAGCGGCGCGGCGAGCUGAACGACGGCAUCGGUGGACACCAGCAGCCCAGCAUGAAGGUGUUCAACCCCUACACCGAGUUCAAGGAGUUCUCGAGGAAGCAGAUCAAAGACAUGGAGAAGAUGUUCAAACAGUAUGAUUUAGAGAAAGACAACUUCAUCGAUCUGAUGGAGCUGAAGCUGAUGAUGGAGAAACUCGGAGCACCUCAGACUCACCUGGGCCUGAAGAACAUGAUCAAAGAAGUAGAUGAGGACUUCGAUGGCAAACUCAGCUUUAGAGAGUUUCUUCUUAUCUUCAGAAAAGCAGCAGCAGGAGAGCUGACAGAGGACAGCGGGCUUCAUGUCUUGGCACGUUUGUCAGAGAUUGACGUGUCAACUGAGGGAGUGAAGGGAGCCAAAACAUUCUUUGAGGCAAAAGUGCAGGCCAUUAACGAAUCAAACCGGUUUGAGGCAGAAAUCCGUCAGGAGCAGGAAGAGAAGAAGCGUCAGGCGGAGGAGAGGAAACAAAGACAAGCUGCUUUCAAAGAGCUGAAGUCAACCUUCAAAUAGCCUCAUCCAUCUCGACAGCCUCGAUUUACUCGUCACGUUUGUCCAUCUGUCUGCCAUCAGAGUCCCCCGCAAUCAGAGAUACUAUGCAAGGCUGUGAAAUGCUCAGAGAUUCAUGCAGAUUCAUCUUGAGAGAGGGACACCUGUGUAGUUUGUGCUCACGAGCGGAUGUUGGUGUUGAAAUCGUCUGUUUAUCGUCGUUUGCUUCUCUCGCUCUCUCUCAGGCUGAUUUUAAAUGUGAAGCCAGACACUGAUCUCAAUACAUUGGAUUGGAUUUGUUCUGUUUCAGUGUCACGUAUGUGUGUGUGUGUAUAUAUGUACUGUAGUCCAUUCACCCCAUCAGUUUCAUUUUAGUUUGAAUGGCAUUUUGUCUUGUUCUCGUCAACGUGUCAGUAGGGUAACAUUUUAAAGUUUUUUUUAAUCAACUAGUACUCUCAGUAUGCCAUAUCCAGUCCGUUGUAUUCAUAUCAGUGGCAAUUUAAGCAGGAAAUGCUUUUCACUGUACCGUGACUAAUUCAACUUUCAUCGUUGACUAUUUAAACAUGAGGACAAACAUUAGUGUACACCAGACCUCUGCUCUCGUUCACAGAUACAUUAAAUAUAUUAUUAUUGAGCAGAGAGAGAGAGAGAGAUGGAGAAGUGGUUUUGGGUGUAUGUGCAUGUGUGGUGAUGAUUGUAAUUGUGUUUGUUGAGUGUUUAUCAAUGUUUUCUUGCAUGGUCACCGUGGUGUGGUUUUUCCUACAUGGUUCCCUUUAGUCUAUAAGUUGUCCAGUGUUAAAUGUGGCACACACAGGCUUACAAUUAGUCUUUAAGAUCAAAAUGAUGACAUGAAAUGGCUGUAAAUUUGAAACGGCUUACUUUUGCCUUACAAAAGUAAGUCAUUACAGUUUAAUUUCUUUAGCUUGUGUGUUUGAUGUCGAUGGAGGGCGAUAGUCAUCUGACUGUUUAUACUCUGAACCCCUGUAUUUUGUGCUUCCUGAACAGAUAACUGUAACAUGCUUAUAGGGUUGGUCAGAUACCACAGAUGGCGUGAAAUCCUCCUCAGCUUUUAUAUAAAGGGAUAGUUCACCCAAAAAUCAUUUACACACCCUUGUGUUUUUCCAAACCUGAAUAGCUUUCU